UUCGUGCAGAAUUUGCUGAUCGCGCAGGUACAUUCACUUUUUUCACUUCUUUUCCGAUACGACAAGCAACUUGGGGUACUGGACGAACCUGUGCGCAAGCACGGGGGACUUGCACCAGACUGCUUGCGUGAGAAGAAGCAAAUUUCUGCCAACACACCUACACAGCCCGCACAUUACUGACCACGCCGACGACCUACGGACAACGCAACGGAGCCGCAUCCGGGGCGGCGGAACGGAGCGGCGGACGCAGCAGCGGUAUGGUAUGGCAAACACCUUCUGGAUGUUCCUCUUGUGCAUGCCAAGCUAACACCAGCACUGUUUCUGAGCCCACGGGCAGCCGUCGAGUCGGCCUGUCUGUGUGCGCUUGAGGGGCGCCUGAUGUCGAAUCUGUUUGCUGUGCCUUGCUGCUGUGUCUGUCUGCCUUCCGUUCCGCCCGCACUCCCUGCGUGCUGGCAAUGUUGCCUGCUUGUAUGUCUCGUCCAAUUUUGUACAUUUUGUAUUUGUAGAAGUACUAUCAUGCAGAUUUUCGUCAAGACCCUUACGGGCAAGACCAUCACCCUUGAGGUGGAGUCGUCGGACACCAUCGACAACGUCAAGCAGAAGAUCCAGGACAAGGAGGGCAUUCCCCCUGACCAGCAGCGCCUCAUCUUCGCCGGCAAGCAGCUCGAGGACGGCCGCACCCUUUCGGACUACAACAUCCAGAAGGAGUCGACCCUGCACCUCGUGCUCCGCCUGCGUGGUGGUGGCAAGAAGCGCAAGAAGAAGACCUACACCACCCCCAAGAAGACCCCGCACAAGCACAAGAACGUCAAGCUUGCCAUUCUCAAGUACUACAAGGUCGACGAGAACGGUCAGGUUACCCGUCUCCGUCGCGAGUGCCCGUCCGAGUCGUGCGGCGCCGGUGUCUUCAUGGCCUGGCACAAGGACCGCCAGUACUGCGGCAAGUGCCACCUUACCUACGUCUUCAAGAAGGAG